GUAAACAACAAAGUUGGUAGGAUGUUGGAUGUUCAGUUGGGACAACUUAAACUCGAAGUUUAAAGUUGUCGAACGUUAGUCAUCAGUCUGGUUGCUGAGGAGUAAACAAGGAUGAAGUUCUAUGUGCAUACAGAAGAUCCACCAUUUACCAUGGUUGUCAGAUGGAAUGAAAAUGAUGACAAAUGUUUGCAAAAUCUUGUAGAUAUUUUCUGGAGCAAUUUCAAAUCAAAAUACCCAGAUGUGGAGGGAAGAAUUGAUAAAUCAACAGUUAAAAUAUGGAAAGGGACACAGUCAUUAGGCUUGUCUAGCAAAGUUUUACAAAAGGUGAAGAAUAUGGAUGACAUAUAUAUAAAGUGGAUGACAAUGCCACAUGAGAACAAGAAGGAGCAAAAUGCAAAGAAAGUUCCAUCUGAAACUGUUGAACCAUCCUCUACAAAGAAUUCAGUAAAUGCAGAUGAUGUAUCUGAAAAGAACUACUCUUUAAAGAAAAUGGAUUCAUCAUACUCAGUGACAGAAUUACUAGAAUUAGCUGAUGCCUUGUCUUCUAAAUGCCGAAUCCAGCAUGCCAUUGUUUUAUACAGUGAUAUCCUCAAAAAAGAACCCAGCAAUCAAUCUGCUAUCAUUGGCAUUGCUGAUUGUUAUCUACAAGCUGGGAGACCCAAUAAAGCACUAUCAUAUUUGAAACAAGCACAUAAAGUAAAGGACACAGCAUUCAAACUUGGACAGUGUUAUGUUAAGCUGGGGGAGUUUGACAAGGCUGUAGAAACACUGAUGGGGUAUUGUAAGGAACUGCGGAAUAGAGGGGGCACUUCAGCAGCUCACAAACAGGAUGUCCAGGUUUGGCUUGCUAGAGCGUAUGUUGGGAAAGGGCAGACAGAUAUGGCUCUGGUAGUUUUACAGGGUGUAUUGAGGGAAAACCAGGAACAUUUAGAUGCCUUGACAGAGUAUGCUCCCCUGAUUUUUCCUCUGGGUCCUAAACAAAAGGAGGAGGCCAUGACCAUCAUGCUGACCGUGCUGGUGAAUAAGAGAGAUGAUAAUUAUGUGAAAGAAAAAUUUGCUUAUUUGUGUCAACAAGAACAUGGAAUGCAGGUAUUAGAGAGCAUGUCAGGCCAGGCUUGGAGAGAUGUCCCUGCUGUUGUUUUUAUGGCAACUAGUCUCCGUGAUGUUGGAGCUAUUAAGGAGGCUGAAGCAUUACUGAAGCAUGCUUACAUGCUGCAGCCAGAAAAUCCCCACACUUUGUUAACUUACGUUCAUACUCUAGAGCUUGUUGAAAAACAUACAGAAGCUGUCCAAGAAAUGAUUACAUACAUAAAUCAUUGGCCAGAUAAAGAAAUAGGGAACUUCAGGAUUGGAGCUCUUCUGCCAAUCAUGAACCUCUUCCAUGGCGAUGUAUACCUUAAUGUUCCAGAAGCAGAUUUGCCCAGUAAUUCAGUUUCCAAAGUGACCACUGCUGAACCGUACCCUGAGGAUGUUAACUAUCUACUGGCCGUUAUUUUUACUCUAGUCAAGAUUCUGUUCAUCAAAGGAGCAUUAGCCUUCAUAAAACCAAUCACAAGUUUGAUAGAUCCACUGACAAAGGUGCAUGAACUCCACAAAACAAACAUAAGAAAUGAGGCUGCCUACUUCUCAUGCAUUAACCAGUUGCAGAAAGUGAGAGUUGAUGUUAACCACGUAGUUUCCUGUGAUCAGUAUGUAUUCUUUGUUGGAGACAGCCAUUGUGUUCCUCCAGCAUGGCAGCCCAUCCAGUUCAAGGCAGAGGACAAGAUCAUCCACCCGAUCUUGUCUACAGGGACAAAAAUCUGGCAUCUACGAAAGGAGAGCAUAUUUUAUCCUAAACACAACUUUAAUUCAGCAAUAAGCAAGAUUCCUGACAGUGCAACAACAGUGUUUUGUUUUGGAGAGAUUGAUUGCAGAGAAGCUCUUCUGCUGUGUGUGGAAAAAGCCAAAUAUGAUAGCUUAGAAGAAGGAAUGGACCGGGUGAUAGAAAUCUAUGUUGAUCUGUUGACAAGGUUACAGAGUCUCCAUCACUGGGACAUUUAUGUACAUCCUGUGUUACCUGUACUAGAUUUAACCAGGGCUUUGGUUAUGCAGUUUAACCAGAGAAUGAUGAAAAAAUUGUCCAAUACCAGUCUUAAAUGGCUAGAUUUUGUGGACAGUCUGCUGACUAAGGAAAAUGGAGAACUUAAACUAAAGAAACAAUAUGAGUUUGAUGGGACACAUGUUCAUCCCUGUUACGUUGAAGUUUUACAGAAAUCUCUACAGAAUCAGGCUUGAAAUGUCACCUAGAAGUAUUAGAGAAUUCUCUAGCAGAGGGUCUGACUUUGAGUUUUUAGAGAAGUGGGUGUGACAUGUUACAUAGAAGUAUUAGAGAAUUCUCUAGCAGAGGGUCUGACUUUGAGUUUUUAGAGAAGUGGGUGUGACUUGUUACUUAGAAGUAUUAGAGAAUUCUCUAGCAGAGGGUCUGACUUUGAGUUUUUAGAGAAGUGGGUGUGACUUGUUACCUAGAAGUAUUAGAGAAUUCUCUAGCAGAGGGUCUGACUUUUAGUUUUUAGAGAAGUGGGUGUGACUUGUUACCUAGAGGUAUUAGAGAAUUCUCUAGCAGAGGGUCUGACUUUGAGUUUUUUAGAGAAGUGGGUGUGACUUGUUACCUAGAGGUAUUAGAGAAUUCUCUAGCAGAGGGUCUGACUUUGAGUUUUUAGAGAAGUGGGUGAGACUUGUUACCUAGAAGUAUUAGAGAAUUCUCUAGCAGUGGGUCUGACUUUCGAGUUUUUAGAGAAGUGGGUGUGACUUGUUACUUAGAAGUAUUAGAGAAUCCUGUAGCAGAGGGUCUGAAUUUGAGUUUUUAGAGAAGUGGGUGUGACUUGUUACCUAGAAGUAUUAGAGAAUUCUCUAGCAGAGGGUCUGACUUUGAGUUUUUAGAGAAGUGGGUUUGACUUGUUACCUAGAAGUAUUAGAGAAUCCUCUAGCAUGAAAUUGGUCAGACUUGGAGUUUUAGCGAAGUGGGUGUGACUUGUUACCUAGAAAUAUUAGAGAAUCCUCUAGCAUGAAAUGGGUCAGAUUUGGAGUUUUAGUGAAGUGAUCUGACGUGCAUAGAGAGACCUACUGAAGAAAGGAAUGGAGUGACAUUAUAUCUUGCCAAAUAUUUGAAAUCAUUGCUUGUGUAUUCAUCAGUUUAAUGUGCAAGGGAUUUUUUUAUUUAUAAACCUUUAAAAAUAGGUUGUGCCAUAUUCAUAUCCCUCUGAAGGAUGUAAGUAGCAGUAUUUUAUCUAGCAAUUAUAAUUAAGGUCUUCCUAAUAUACUAGUUAUAGUAUACAUGAAAAUUAUAUAAAAUAAAUGUCAUGAUCUCUGUGCUAUCAUAUACAUGAUUUUUUUAAAUGUACAUGUACAUGUAUGUUUUUUUUUAUUUUAUCUUGAGCUAGAAACUACUUUUUAUUACAUCAUAUCAAUCAUAUACAUGUACCUUUAUUGUGGUGUACACUUGUAUUUUACAUUUUUUAAUAGGUCAUAUCAUGUUAUGUCUAUUGUGAGAAAAUAUAUGUUGUUUGAUGUCAA